AUGUAAUAAAAUAAAUUUGAUUAUUCAUUAUCAAUAUUUCAUUGUCAAAUUAAGAAAAAGAAACUAAUAGGAUGGUUUAAUCGUUAUGUAUACUUAUUUGAAGAUAAAUUAAUAAUGAACAAAGAUUCAAAGAAAGGUUAUCCAAUGAAAAUUUAUUCUUGGACAUAAAUAAAGAAAGUUAUAUGGAAAUAUAAAAAAUCAAAGAAAACCCCCAACCUAACAUCUCUAAGAAAUAUUAUAAUAGUGACAGAAAAAGAAUAAAAGAAAUAUUAUGGAGAGUCUGAAACUUUAUUAGCUUUAAAAAGAAUAAUAGCUAAAUAUGUGUAUUAGGAGAGUAUUUAAGAUGAAUUUGAGCGUUUAGAGACUUUGGGAUAAGGCAGCUAUUCACUAGUUGUUCAAUUAAAACAUUUACAUUCAAAUUUAUAAUUUGCUGCAAAAUGCAUUGAUAAAAAAUAACUUUCUAGCAUAGAACAUGGAACGAAAGCAGUUUAAAAUGAAAUAUAUAUAAUGAGAAUUCUAAGUCCACAUACAUAGAUUGUUAAUCUUCAUGAAGUUUAUGAUGGUGAUAAUAAUAUAUAUUUGAUUUUGGAUUUAUGUCAAGGUGGAAGCUUAUUGACAGAAAUCAAAAAAAGAUAAUGCAAGUUUGAUGAUUAUGAAAUUUAACAAGUAUAUUAUUAUAAAUAUUGCAGAUUAUGGAAAAUAUUUUAUCAGCAGUUGAGUAUAUUCAUAGCAAGGACAUCAUGCAUAGAGAUUUAAAACCAGAAAAUAUUUUAUUAUCAAAUCCUAAUGAUUUUUCGACGCUCAAAAUUGCAGAUUUUGGUUUAUCUGCCAUUAGUAAACUCACUCCUUAUUUAUUUCCUAAAUGCGGCACACCUGGAUUUGUAGCUCCUGAAAGUAUAAAAUAAUAAUAGAAAAAGUUGCUAAUAUGAAUGAUAAAUCGAGGGGAUAUAGUAAAAAAUGUGAUAUUUUUAGUUGCGGAGCCAUUUUUCAUCUACUUUUAUUAGGAAAGGAAAUAUUUUAAGGAAAGGGGAAUGCGGAAAUGCUAAAAUUAAACAAAGAAUGUAAUAUCAAUCCUGCUGAUCUUAUUUAUAGCACUUUGCCACCUCUGACUAAAGAUUUAUUGUAAAUUCUAUAUUAUAUACAUUUAUAGAUUUAAAAUGUUAGAAGUCAACCCUGAAAAGAGAUUAGAUGCUUAUGAACUUUUGCAUCAUUAAUACUUUAAAAUUUAUUAAUUUAACAAAUUAAAUGAACUAAAUGAGCAAGAAAUUAUGAAAUAAUGA